CUAUAAUAUUUAUCAACAUAAAUGAAAGCAUUUAUUGCCUUGACCGUCAUUGGUCUCGCCUCUGUAGCUUACUUGGGUCUGUUCAGUGAGGACACGACUCUCAACUCUGAAUUCCAGAACUUCAUCCAGACCCACAAGGUCAGCUAUGCUAACUCUGCUGAAUAUGAAUUCAGACAAAAAGCUUUUGAGAAAAAUUUGGAGAAGAUUGCCAGAUUGAAUAAGGCUAAUCCAUUGGCUACCUUCGGUAUCAACAAGUUUGCUGAUAGAACUGAGGAAGAACUUGAGUCAAUGCUUACCAAGAGAAGCAGUGAUGAUAACGGAAGCUGCAAGGCUUACACCCCAGAAGGAUCCCCUCAAACAAUCUCCUGGGCUGACUUCAUGGGAGCUUAUAAGGACCAAGGCAACUGUGGAGCCUGCUGGUGCUUCGCAUCCGCAGCUGUUGCUGAAGGAAGAUAUGCUAUCUCCCAAGGAAUUACAGAUAAGGUGACUACAAGAUUCGCUGAACAGCAACUUCUUGACUGUAACGGCUUCCCACAAAUGGGAUGUAACGGAGGAGUUGAAGCUCGUGCCUUCCAAUUCUACCAGAAGAACGACAUCUGUCUUCAAGAUGGAUAUGAGUACAAGGCUAAGAAAGGAAAAUGCCAGAAAUGCAGCACUGGAAUCAGAGCUACUUCUUGCACCAAUUUGGCUAAAGUAAACUCAGAGAUUGUCACUGAGCUCCAAAGCGGACCCGUUGAUAUUGGUGUUGAUGCUUCAUCUUGGCCUUACUACACCGGCGGAAUCAUGACUGAUUGCUCUGGAAGAGGAAACAAUCACGCUGUCACUUUGGUUGGAUUCAACUCUAACGAAGGCACUGUCUCAAUCAGAAACUCAUGGGGAGGAGACUGGGGAGAGGACGGAAUCAUCAGACUUGACUACUCCAACAAUGCUUGUGGAUGGACUGGAGAUGCCCAUUCUCUCAGAUUCUAAUAAUAGAU